GUAUUGCAACACGUCAGGUGAAAUUGAGUCCCCAUCUUUAUUUCCUGAACCCUCUCCUUCUUUGCCCCUUCCCGUCGUCGUCUCUCCCUGUCUCUCUGCGGCGAAAGCGUACGAUCGUCAUCCACCCGGCACCCUCGUCGGAACCAAUUACAUGGAGUUUACAGUUGAUGGUGAUAUUGAUGGUGAGGUCGUCGGCAGUUCUGCUGACAUGGAAGGAAGUAGAGCAGGUGAUGAAAAUGAAACUGGAGGAAGUUCUGUUGAAGGAGCAUUCCAUCUCGGUCAGGAAGAUAAUUUAAUUCUGGAUUCUUCUGGAAGGAAUAUGAUUCCAUCGGCGAUUCCUGUAGUAUCAGUUGUUUCAGCCGAUGAGCCAUAUGUUGGUCAAGAGUUUGAAACCGAAGCAGCUGCUCAUGCAUUUUACAAUGCAUAUGCCACUCAUGUGGGAUUCAUAAUUCGUGUGAGCAAACUCUCUCGAUCAAGGCGGGAUGGAACUGCCAUUGGCCGUGCACUUGUUUGUAAUAAGGAGGGUUAUAGAAUGCCUGACAAGCGUGAAAAGAUCGUAAGGCAAAGAGCAGAGACCAGGGUUGGUUGCAGAGCAAUGAUUUUGGUGAGAAAAGUAAGUUCUGGAAAAUGGGUCGUCACAAAGUUUGUGAAGGAGCAUACACAUCCCUUGUCACCUGGGAAAGGCAGAAGGGAUUGCAUUUAUGAUCAAUAUCCGAAUGAACAUGACAAGAUUCGGGAACUAUCCCAGCAACUGGCUGUAGAGAAGAAACGUGCAGCAACAUAUAAAAGACAUCUUGACCUAAUAUUUGAGCAUAUUGAAGAGCACAAUGAGAGCCUAUCAAAGAAGAUCCAACACAUAGUUGAUAGUGUGAAAGAGAUUGAAAAUAAAGAGCAGCAAGGUUAUAGAUAGUUUGCUCUUCGGCAAUAUAAAGCACCUUGGGUGAAGCAUAGAAACGAGCUAUGUUGUGGGGAUUGCUGCAGGAUGAAGCAGACAUUGUUUUGGUUUUAAGUGUUGGUUUAUGAUGCCUUGUGCUUCACCUAGGUAUAGUAACUAGCUAGUUUUGUAGUUUGGCAUAUUUGGGUCAAUGGCAUUCAUUCGACUGCUUUGCAUAAUUUGUUGUCUACAGACUACAGCACAUGUUCAGUAGGAAAUUUCUUGAAUGCAUGUACAGUUUACCUGGGCCAUCCUUACCAAUUUGCUUGCAAUGCAAAAGGUAUUAGAAUGUCCCA